AUGGGAGAAGCGACCCACAAUCGCUUGACCGUCACUUUUGGAAAAGACAAUCCGGAUACGCAUACGCUGAUAGAGAAGCUGAAGUAUAUAGAUUCGGAAGCUCAGUGUUCCCUGCGGUGGAUUAGGGAGACAUUUAUCGCUCGCGAGGAGUCACUACAAACGAGAUUGAAGAUUACUGCAGAUAUAUGUCACGAAUGUAUCUGGGAAACUAUAUAA